AUGGAAAUGACAAUUGCUUCAAGAGGCCACAUUCCAGAUCGAGAUUCAACAGGUGGUGGGAAGCCAGCGACCAUUGCUAAGGGACGAUCAUCGGUAGGGAGGCGGGGAUCCGCCUCCCGGAACAACCGCAAGGCUAUCUCAUCAGCCAAGAGGGCAAUCAGAAAAUUGAGGAAGCAGGAGCGUGCAUGGCGCCCCAAGCGUGCUAUCGGCCCAUACAUGUUCUUCUGCAAAGAUCAACACGCAAAUGUAACUGCUGACAAUCCCAGCAUUCCCUUCACCGAAAUCGGAAAAAUAUUGGGUGCACAAUGGCAGCAAAUGAACGAGAAAGACAAGAAGCCCUACAUCAAAAGAUCCGAGGUAGACAAGAAGCGUUACGAGAAAGAGCUUAAGCGCUGCAAACUUAAAUGAUGCACUACAAAAUGGCGGGCCACUUCAGAAGCGGCCAAUUACCCAAGAUCUUUCAAAAACUUGCCAGUCAAUAUACUUUUGAGAAUCACAGAUGUGAAGGAACAAUUAUUUGGUGAAGAAAAGAACUACAAUUGAAUUUUCUCCUCCGAUCCUCGUCUUUAAAAAAUCUAUGGUUUCAUCCACAUAUGCCUUCGAACUCCACGUUAGAACUCUAAGGUAUGCACAUCGAUACAAGCACUAGAUUUGCUAUACUAGAACUAGAUCGUGUACGAAUUCUAUAUCGUGGGGCCCAGUUAAUUAUGGUUGUAAACCACAGAAUUCUGAAGACGGAACAAGAGCAAGAGUACCAAAAUAUGGAGAAAUACAGGUAGUCGCAUAGUUGCAUAUUGUACGAUGAAUUUCACUGUCAAUCAAGUCAAAAUUUGAAAAUUCAUGAUGAA